AAACACAUGGGUAGGGGAAGGGAGUGAGGUAGAGGCAGAGUGAGAGAGAGAGAGAGAGAACUGUUAAAACGUCUGUUUGCUCUUGCCAGUCUCAGCAUCGCUCAGUUUCUGCAGGAGGCUGCAGCUCCAUCCCUCCCUCCAGGAUCUCCACUGGCACCAGUGACCAGAUAUGAUCUACCCACCACCCUGUGUACCCGUCUAACUCUGAGCCGGAAUCGCUUCAUUUUUGCAUGGAUGAUAACAGCCUUCCGCAUGUUCAUGGAUUUCUCACACCAUAUGUAAUCUGACUCAAACACGGGAUUGGUGAAAAAAAAGUAAAGACAGUAGAGAAUCACUCCAAGUGGUUUCCUACGUUUUUUAGGUCUGUGGUAACAGCACUUGAGUCAGCCAUGGGCAUGGGACCGUGCGCCAGCCGAAAGGGACCGGGUGCUGUAGGAAGAGCAUCUUCCUGAAGGAGGAAAAGCCCGUUUUCGGGAGUUUUCUGUUCUUACCAUUAACAAUUUAUAUUCUUUUUUUCUUUUUCUGUUUUUCCUGCCGGGGCAGGGGACUGUGGGUUUUACGCGCCGGAAUGAUGCGUCCCAACCGAGGCUUCAUCCUGCUCCUCCUCAACGGAACCGCUUGUUUGGUGGCACUGAGUCAAGAAGAUGACUCCUCAAACUCCAAGAGCUCCUCAGAUGACUCCUCCCAGACAGUGGGCCUCCUGGGCGGGCAGGCUUCGCUCUCACCCCUGAGCCGCUGGAUGCUACACAGUAAAAGCAGAGCUGCUAACGCCACCUCUCUGGAGCUGCCCUACCACUCUCCAGUCCCUUUCUCCAAGCAGGAGUUUUCGAAACAGGAGUUCUGGGAGAUGUUGGGCAGUGAUCUGCUCAAACCUGACGCCUCGAACCCCAGGGUCAAACGUCGACCAAUUGUUAAAACCGGCAAGUUCAAGAAGAUGUUUGGCUGGGGAGACUUCUAUUCCAAUAUCAAGACAGUAAGGCUUAACCUGCUAAUCACCGGCAAGAUUGUGGAUCACGGUAACGGCACAUUCAGCGUCUACUUUCGACACAACUCCACAGGCCAGGGCAACAUCUCAGUCAGCCUGGUACCACCUGUCAAGGCAGUAGAGUUUGACCUGGAGCGCCAGAGUGUGGUCUACCCCAAGGACUCCAAGAUCUUCAACUGCCGUGUAGACUAUGAGAAGGUGGAUCGCAGCAAACGCACCUCGUUGUGCAACUAUGACCCAUCCAAGACCUGUUUCCAGGAGCAGAUCCAGAGCCACGUGUCCUGGAUUUGCUCCAAGCCUUUCAAGGUCAUCUGUAUCUAUAUUUCCUUCUACAGUACGGACUACCGCCUGGUGCAGAAGGUCUGCCCGGACUACAACUACCAUAACGAGAUGCCCUACCUGCCUUCGGGCUAGAGGACCUGUAGGCGGGGAGGAGAGGCAGGAGGAGAGAGGAAAAGGGGGAUGAGUGGGAGUGACUGCAACUCGUGAGGAGAAAACCAAGUCUGUGAAUGUCAUAGCGGCAGCGAGACACUUUAAAAAAAACCUCUCUGUAGCCUGACUGUUGUAAGAUGUAUAAACAUAUAUGCAAAACAAAAAGUACAGUAUGCAGAUAAUGAGGCAUUCGGAAUGCUUAACUGCAGUAUUCAUUAACUGGACUGGUAGGGAAAAAUCAAAAACCGCCAACUUGCACAUUCUUACCUCAGACCAGUUUCUAUAUGCCAACUUCUCGCCAGCUAUUUCUCUCUUCCAUUAAGUCAUUUGUUAAUGUUGUCUUAAUGUCCUUUUAAACACCCUUUACAAAAUUCUUCUUCUUCAAAGUCACAACGCAGUAUUGCAUCUUUGAUAUGAUCCACUGGAGAGCUGAUGCAAAAUCAGACUUUAUAAAUAUGGUAAAGUGCCACACUGACUGAAACAUACCACAGGGAACAUAAAUCUUUUUUUUUCAUAAAGAGAAGAUGAAUGUAAAGUGUAACCAACCAUAGGACCAUUCAGGUUACACUCUCAGUCUUUUUAAAGGGCAUAUAUUUAAUGUGAGGGAACGUCCACUCCCAGAACAAUGUUUAAAGUCCCUCCUCACACUCGGUUUCUCUUUUCCCAUCUGCAUUCUCUGAUGCAGCCACCCUACCGUAUCACUGAUGUGUAGUCUUUACCUGCAAAAUCUAAUCAUAAUAUAUCCUUCAGUUACAUUACCCCAGUUCCAUAAAAGAGAAAUAGGAGGUAGAGAGAGGAAAAAUAAUAAAAUUUACCAAAAAAAAAAAGAAAAGAAAUUGCUCAUUAAAGAUUCAGGACCGGGGCUUAAGACAAGUUCAGUGUGAGGAAAAUAACUAGAUUCUGCAUAGUGAUAAAAUUGGCCCUUCACUCUUAAGAGAGAAGGUAGGGGAGUGAAAGACGGGGAGAUUCGGUGUGCUCUUUUAAUUAAAGUGGAGAAGGAGACGUAGAGUAUGCAGCGCCUUCUAUUGUCCCCUCUGUAUGAAAAAGAUUACAUUUUGUUGCCGUCAGGAUUCCUGAUUUCACGCCUUGAUAACUUUGACUGUGUGAGGGAGAUUGCUCUCUCACGACAAAUACUGUGUUCACUAAAGUCAGCCCGUUAUCUUGAAUAAAUGAAAAUAUUAUCAUAAUAAUUACAUGUAAUUUAAUCUCCUUUAGAACUAAUUAUGGUUUCAAUGAGAGGGCAAAACGUAUUCCUGAAAAUCAAGUCAGCGGGUAGGAGGAUAAGAGGACGUUCACAGGGAUUGCUGUGUUUUUGUGUGGUGGCAGCAGCCAAAGCUCAGCCCAGAAUUAACUGCUCUCAUUAAGAUAAAUGGCCACUGGCUGGCCCAUCUCAUGUUACUCUCACAAACAAUAUCAGUGGAGAGCAGCCACAAUGGAGCUAUGAAUUAAAUAGGGUGACAUGUUGUGUGCUGAGAGGUUACCACUGUCCUGUUUAUGAGGACACAAUGCCUUCUUGGUUCAUUAACGAUGAACAGUCACAAGACAGGUGUGAAGAGUCAUUAAACAGUGAUAUAAGAUAACCAGUUUGAUGCUAAUGUACUGUGACAUCAGUGAUGUAGCCAGAUCUGUCCACACACAUGUGUGACUGCAACUGCACAGCAAUCUCGCAAGUGGACCCAAGCAGCAGCAAAGUCACCAUGAAGCCGUCCUCCUGUGGGGGGUAGCAUAAGGCCAGACAUAAAUGCAUUGCUCUGGCUGCGCUUUAUGAGCUUAGAGAGCAAGAGUAGGAGGUUAAAAAAAACGAAAACAACCCGUCGUCAGCUAAAGAUAGUAACAACGAGCUGUACAUCUGCACAUCAGAGACGGAUUUUUAGUUUAGAGUGGGGUGAUUCUUCUCUAUAUGCAACAAACAACCUGUGGCCCGGAGCAAAUGUCAGCUGUGCACAAGCAUGUCUGCAGGUGACAGAUAGCUACACCACCCGCAGCCAUUAUAAAUGGUGUUCAUCUGUCUGAGUCAAACCUCUGUCUCCUUCUGCAUGUUAUUGUUUUAUCUAAGCACAUAUUUCAUAAAUGCUUGGAUGCCCUGCUUGUUGACAACACACUUAUCUGUCUGCUGUGCCUCUUAUUCCAUACGUUUUGCAAUCAACAAUCACUGAAGGGAUUUCCCUAAAGAGGCUCAAUCAAUCAGAGUUCCAACUAUGUGAAAGCAAACAGAGGCAGAUUUUGAUUCAGCCACAUCACAGUUACAGUCUGAGCUUCGUCUUUUUUUUUUUUUGGAAAGCAUUCACAGAAUCCCAGUGGAACAUUCAAAACAGGGUUGACAACAACUCAAACUAUAGACCUGAUACUUGUCUGAAAGUAUACUUGUUGUCUGAAAGUCCUUUUCCUUGACUGGAGGAAGUUUCACGUGUUUAAAAUGCAUCCAGCAGCUUGAAAGAACCACUGCCUUCUGCUCUGUUCAUCCAUUUCCUCACCCACCAGCUCUCUCUGCCCCUUCCUCUCCAGACACCCGCAUGUUACUCAGCCAUGUGCCCCGCCGUCUUCAUGCUGUUGUCUCCUCCCCGCGUGUGACCUGGCUGACUGGCUUCAGCCUCUGUACCCUCCCUUAUCCUGAAGUUGAACCCUGCUGCGGGUAGUUCCUCACUACUGCCCUGCCUGCCCUCCAGCACACUGUGCUGAGCUGAGCUGGCUAAUCUCUGCGAGCUUAGUGUCGAGCCAAGUGAACAUCGGCAGUGAGAACUCCUGUCUCCCCGCUAUCUGUUUCUCUCUAUAGUUAUAUCCCAUCAAACAAAUGUGUGUGCACACACAGUCUUAAGAUGUGCUGGUUUAAGUAUUUUCUUCUCUGCUGUUCAAAGCAGAGUUCGUACAUAAACCCCUGGAUUGUGAGGACGUGAAAUCUCUUCGAGAGCGCGCCAUUGUAGUGCCCAUCACAGAUAUGGCCCAGUAACCUUGAUAUUCCUCUCCUCGUGUCCUGCAGGGCAUCUGGAGAGAAGUUGGAUACUCAUAUAUGAAGGAAUCAAACUGGUCAACAUGAGCCCUCAACACUGUACCAUUAUAGAAAAUAUCAAGGACGCAUGUUGGGCUACCCACUGAGAAGAAGCUCCUCACUCUGCUCCUUACCGAUCCUCUGACAUCUACAGCAAUACUCUCACUGAGACUCCACCCUCUCUGCCUCUCCGGGGCGAGAUAAAGAAAGGCUGCUUGGCAAAGCUGAAGAGAAAGUCAUGUCGCUAUGGGACGGUGUUGUUGGUGGCAGCAGCCUUAUUGUUGACCCACCUGGUGCCAACAGAUGUGGAUUUUUUGGCCUUAGAGACUGCAAGACAACACUGAUCCACACGACAAACAUUAGUAACAAAUUCAGACUGUCAAAAAAAUAAUUAUACAUAUAAAUAAAUAAAUAAAUAAAUAUAUAUAUAUAUAAAGGCUAAGAGUCCUCAGAUCUGAAUAAAGUUGUAUUUAAAUGUGGGUCAUGAAGUGAAGGUUGUCUGUUUUACCUUUUUGUUGCUCAUGGUUUUGUCAUGUGGAUGAUAUACUGUAUGGAUGAAAUGAUGGAAUUUAAUGUGGUUUUCAACAUUUUAAAAAUCAAUAAAGUACACAGAAGUACUUGAGCCACUUCA